AUGGUGGCAGCGCUGACCGGCGGGGCCCCCACGUCCGCGCCGGCGGCCGGGCGCAUCGGAGGCGGGUGGCCGGCGCUGGCGAAGCUACUCCUCUUCUGCUCCGGGCAGGAGGAGAUCGAGACGGUGGAACAGAUCCUCCGGUGCCGGACCCGGGACCUGGGCGCCAAGAUCACAAAGCUGAUGAUAUGCCCGAUUUACGCGAACUUGCCCACCGAGCUCCAGGCCAAGAUCUUUGAACUGACGCCAUUAGGCGUGCGGAAGGUGGUGCUAUCCACCAACAUCGUCGAGACGUCGCUGACCAUCGACGGGAUCAGCUACGUGGUCAACCCAGGGUUCUGCAAAGUGAAGUCGUACAGCCCAUGCAUGGGGACAGAGUCGCUGCUCGUCCACCCCAUCUCCAAGGCGUCGGCUGACCAGCGCGCCGGCUGGUCGGGGCGCACGGGCUCCGGCAAGUGCUUCCGACAGCGACGGGAGGAUGACGAGGUGUUUGGAGAGGGGUGGGCCCAUGGGCGGGAUAGAGUUUUGGGAACCAGGGGCGUUCCCUAA